UUAAUGUUUUUGGCUAACGUUAAUGAUGCAGCUUGGUAUGUUCAUGUAAACUUAAAAGGGGGGGCUUUUUUAUUAUUUGUUAAUGCUCGUUAGCAUAUACGAUGGAUGUUUUGCGAGACGAAGAAGAACAACAGAUGAAAUACAAACCCGGAGGUCGUUUAGACAUGAAUCAUGGUUUUUUACACCAUAUUCGACGGAACCAGAUUGCCAGAGAUGAUUACGACAAGGAAGUGAAGCAGGCAAAGGAACGACAGAGGCGCAGACCUACUACCGCGCCGAGGCGACCCCGUCGGCCUGAUAUUCAAGUGUACCACCCCCGCCACCGGAAUGGAUCAGAACCGGGCACAGGUGUGGAGGCUGAAGAGUGGAACGAAAGCGGGUCGAGCACAGAACCCGAGACCACGGGCACCGAGCUGUUCUGGCUGGAUUACCAGGCUGACUGUGGCCGCCUCACCUCUUUCAUUGUUCACAAGGAUGACCAGCCGGAGAGGAUAGUGGAAAGAGUGGCAGAAGAAAAUGUCCUGGACCCGGCCAUGAGGGCAGCACUGAAGGCCCGGGUUCGAGAGGAAAUGGACAAGAGGCGAGACAAGCGCUGAGCAAAGGCUACUGGAGAUGUGACACCGGGGUGGGGGUGGGGCGCGGGAGAGGGAGGGAGUGUGACUGGGGGGUAAGAAGAGUGGGAGGAGCUAGUAUAGGGGAAGGACAUGAAGAGGGACACCCCUAUGUAAGGUUGACUCCCACCGUGUCCACUUUAAAGUGAUGUGACAGCUGUCAUGUGAAAGCCAAUGGGAAUGAGUGGCGCCACACACACAGCAAUGUCAGGGUAGGCCAGGGAACCUAAGCCCCAUGUUCUCUCCCUCUCUGGACUUCCUUUCAGGGGUAGGUUCACACCACACAGAAGGGCAGUCACACAGGAGUGAGUCAGACUCCUUGUGCUGUCCAGGGCUGUCAGCUUAGCUGUGACUACAGCGUAAGGUGACGCUGCCCUGUAAUAGUACUAACGUUGUUACUAAGAGCAGCUGGAGAGUUCCAUCUGAAAGUCUUUGUGCCAGAUAUCUGCUGGGUCUGAAGAUUCCAUCCUGCUGCCCAGCUUCAGACAUGACACCCCAACACUUGCACUAAUGAAUACUUUUGACACCUUCCUGAGCCAGACCCUUUCCAAACGAUACAGGUCACCUCUGUGGUCACCUGCUUGGGGUCAUCUCAUCCCCUUGCUUCAUUGUACCCUCACCACCAGUCUUUGAAGUAUUUAUUUCAGUUGUUUACAAGCCUUGUUUUUUUGUGAAUGUACUUUGUGUUGGCUUGAUCAGAUAUUACGGCUAAAGAAUACAUUUCUGAAAGUAAAAUGCUAUGAUUAUGACAAGUAUGCAUGAAAGGGAAUUCAUUUAUUGGAGAAGCAUUUUGGUUAUGAUCCCCAGAAGCUUGAGGUGACUCAAAAAGUGGACACUGCCUGUCGCUGUCUGGGGAAUAAAAGGGGCAAUGAAAUUAUUUCUGUUCACAUAUGGAAAAGAACCUCGGUCACAUGAUCAAGUUUGACCUGGACUCUACUGGAUAACACAGCGCUACAAAUGCAAGCUAGAUCCAAUCUC